AUGCCUCGAACAUUGCGAGACCACCACAGUCUCUGUUUCUAUGAAUAUACUGAAACCGAGGCCACCAGUGGUUGGACUGCAGACGACGACGACAACCGCUACCAGGUUGCGCUUUGGAUCGGCGAGUCCUCGCGGACACGCGGUGGCACAAACUCUCCGCAAGAAGGCGGUUCUGGUGCCCGCGAGGCUGCGGUGGAGGAGGAUAAUGUUUCUUCUCCCGGUGAAGAGGACGGUGACGAGACUCCGGCUCCAGGGAACCCCAAGAAGCCGAAGAGUACUAAAUAG